AUGAUCACCGUGUGGGAUGGAUUGUCUUGGUUCCAGGAACAAGAUAUGCUUAAUGCUAAACUUAGCCAGAAAAUAUCUCAUCUAAAUUGUUUCACGCAGGUUUUGAAGUGGAUUGGGCAGUGUGAGGUGAUUCUCUACCAGACGGCCGUGAUUCCGACGAGCCUAGCGGAGGCUGAAGCGAUGCAAACAGAUCACGACAAAUUCCAGCCCGUUCUGAAUGAUGCGCACCCUGAGGCGGUGCAAUGCGCUGCUCGGGCCUCUUACCUCCUCCAGUCUGUUGCAGCUGAUCAUCCGCGCCGUGCUGAUUUCCAGGCUGUUGCAGAAAGCGUCGCUGAGCGAUGGCAGAAACUUGUCUACGCCGCUGAGGAGAAACAUAAGCUCCUCAUCGCCGCCACUAACUGGUACAAGACCUCCGAGCAGGUGAUAUCAGUGCUGCGCUCGUUGGAAAAGGAUUACCGAAGGGAGGAAGAUUGGUGCCGCUCGGACAAGGCACUUAACAGUGGAAAUGUCGAGUCUUAUCUUAAUGAUCUUCUCAAUAAACAUGGCGAGCAGAAGGAGGCCUUUCUGAAGGCGUGCAUUCUUGCCAGGCGAACCUCAGAGUUGUUUAUGAAGUAUCUGCACCGACAGCCCCCCACGACGGCUUGUCGGAUCAAAGUGGAGGAGCGGAUUCGCAGUGACAUGGCUGACCUCAUGGCCAAGGAACAGGCUGUGCUUGAGGCCUGGGCUGCCCAACGUCGUCGUUUUGAGGAGUGUGUCAAAUUCGUGACCAUUGAGGCUGAGAUGGUUGAUCUUGCACGCCGCAUCUUGCAAUUUGUGGGUAGUCCUUUGAAAUCGGCUGAGGAUCCAAAAAUCCCAUUGCCCCUUGUACCACGCCAAUCGUCUCUCUUCGCCACAGUGAAGUGCGCUUGCCAAUCCAUCAAGGCCCUACUUGAGGCUGGAGUGGGUCCCCAUCACUCCGACAGCCUUCUUAAGACUUAUCAGCGCUUUAAUACCUGCAUCACUCCUGUAGAGACACCUCGACCAACUGAGAAUGAUUCUGGCUGUGCUGCCGCCGCCAAGAUGCGUUCGGCCGGCGCCGGUUCCAACAGAACCUCCGUAUCAAGUACUGGAAGCUCAGGAGUGACAUCAGGUGACACAACACCAAGCAUUACCGCCACGGUCGGUUUGACGGAAGAGCAGCGGAAACUCAUCAGCCGGCGUCAAAACAUCCUCCGCGAACUGGUAACCACAGAAAGAGCCUAUGUUUUGGCUCUUCGCACUUGCCUCGAGACCUUCUACGUCGGUACUAUGAAUCCGCCUGUAGAUAUUCCGGUAAGUUUAUGUAGUGGAAGCAUCAUUAUUCUUUCCUUUGUCACCCUUUCUCAGCAUAAUCUCCUUGCCCUAUCCUUGGAAUUAUUGAUAGCUGCGAUAGUUUUGCCAUUUUUCACGCUGAACUGCGUCCAUCAUUUGAUGUGCAUCUGUGCAAAUCUGCCCCAUUAUGCUGUUGCUGUGACAGUCACCUGUUUUGGGAUAGCGUUAUUGCUGGACUCUGGCGUUCCUUCGUUCCAGUCACGGAUCUUCGUUCAAGUUUAA